AAUGUCUGGUGUCAGGAAAUCUCCCCCCGACUUAAAACCGAGCCCCAGUGUCAACCAAAAGCGCUUGUCUCGGGUGGAGAAACAGCGCCUCCAAGACAAGUUUUUCGUGGCUGUGCAAACGCAGAACGUGCCUGAAAUCUACCGGUGCUUGGAAAAGGGGGCGCGGCCGUCGUUCGUGAACAGAGAAGUCGGAGUGUCGCCACUCCACAUGUUGGCCGAACGCAACGACGCCGACUUAGGGCUCCACGUCCUCCAGCACAGCACACCAGACUUGAACGUGAAGACCUUCGCCGGCUACACCCCCCUACACCUGACCUGCCUCUUCAACUGCCGAAGCUUCUUAUUAUUGUUGCUGAACAACGGCGUCGACAUCAACCUCCGGGAUAUCUUAGGCCGCACCCCCUUGCACAUCGCCGUGUUACGCCAAUACGACAAACUCGUGGUCACGCUCCUCAAAGCCGGCGCUUCCCCCAACGUCUGGGACGUCUUCCAGGAGAGCCCGCUCUCCGUGGCCAUCACCCGCGUCGAGGACCUCCACAUCGCGGAAACGCUGCUGCGCUACGGCGUCGACAUGACUCUGGAGUCGCAGAGGAUUCUCCACAUUUUUUUCGAGACCGUCCUCCACUGCCACACCAUGGAGCAGAUCCACUUCGUGGCGCUUCUUCUCGACAACGGCGUCGACGUGAACCUGGUGGAUGAGCGGACGGGUCGGAAUUGCCUCCACUUUGUGGCUAUGACGGGGUUUCUGGAGCUCGCGAUCUUCCUGGUGACGAAUGGGGCGAGAGCGGACGUUGUGGACCAGACGAAUCGGACUCCAGAGAAGGUGGCCCAGAGUCAUGGGAAUCGACACGUUUAUGAGUAUUUGCACGAGGGGUCCAGGAGGCCGAAUCCGCUGGUUCAGCUUCUUUCGGUUCUUCGGUUCCUGAGGAAGGCGAAGGAGCGGGUUGCGGAGAGGAAAGCGGAGCAGCAGGUGAAAGGGAGGCAGUUGUCGAGGAGCAAAGAGGGCGGAGUGGGACAGGAGAGGUGAAGUUCGAAUAAAAAAAAAUAGUCAUGA